GUGAGAAAAGAAAAACAGUUGAUCACCACACCUGGUUAUUGCCAGAAGCUUCUCCAAAAUCUUAUCAAUCCAAUCGUCAUUGUCACCACCAACCGCACUACUGCAACUCCGUUUCGUCGCUCACCCUACCGCGUCGAACAACAGAGAAAAGCAGCCGCUGACGAUGCCGGCCGGCGAGAUUCAUUACCCGUCUCCGCCGUCUUCCGCGACGGAGAUUUCGAGCGCUGAUGGCGCUAACGAAGACGAGGCUUUUGUGUGGUCUCAGAUCAAGGCGGAGGCCCGUCGUGACGCUGAAUCGGAGCCAGCUCUCGCUAGCUAUCUGUACUCCACGAUUCUCUCUCACUCGUCGCUGGAGCGGUCUCUCGCCUUCCACCUAGGGAACAAGCUCUGCUCCUCCACGCUCCUCUCGACUUUGCUCUACGACCUUUUUCUUAACUCUUUCUCUUCUGACCCUGAAAUCCGUGCGGCAACCGUCGCCGAUCUCCGCGCGGCUCGAAUGCGAGAUCCCGCGUGUGUGUCAUUCUCUCAUUGCCUCCUCAAUUACAAGGGCUUCUUGGCCUGCCAGGUACUCUUGUUCAAUACAACAAUUGACGCCUCUCUCUCGUCUUACUCUCUAGCGGAAAUCUCGAUCUGCAACUGCUCUAUGAUUAAUUGUUAUUGUUAUCUUAAAAGCUAAAAUUUUCAAAUUGCACUUGUUAAUGCGAUUGUUGUACACGCUAUGUGCAAGUAUGAAACUCUGUCCUCGAAUUGCUU